AUGGCAACCCAAAGUCGGUGCACGCUUUUGAUGGCAUUUCUAAUAAUCAUAGCAUUCAGCGUGACUAGAGUGGACAACAUAGUUGGGUUCGGCGUACUUCGGUGGCUGGAUACCAACUCUGGUUCAGUAACACCAGUAGUUCGGUAUGGCCCAAAGGGGCACGUUGUGGAUAUAUACGUCGGCACUCCUCCACAGCGCAUCUCUGCUCUCUUGAGCAGCAGCAGCAGUGUCAUAUGGCUCCAAGCUCGCAACUUGUUCCCCUUCAACCCACGAGAGUCGUCUACCCUCAACAAGCUUCCUUGCAAUCAUUCUCUGUGCAAGAGCUUCUAUAAGCUCAAGUUUGGGUGCCGGAACACAUCUACGUUCAGCCAACGAUACGAAGAUGGAACAAGUGUGAGUGGUAAAAUGGCUUCCGACAUCUUUCAUAUGGGGGAUACUUCAUACAAUCUGGUGUUUGGCUACACCACCAAGUCGAAGCGCUACUGGAGAAGCGUCCAGGGCGUGCUGGGGAUGGGCCGUGGGAAUACGUCUUUGAUCAGACAAGUUGGCGCCAGCAGAUUCUCGGUGUGCUUGACCACCAGCAAGGAUGAAGAAAGGGUCACACCGCUUAUUUUAGGGGACGCCGCCCUGCUCAAACCAAAAUUAAGGAACAUGGCGGUGAGAAUCCCGAUUGUGGAUAACCCGUCGGACCCCCAACACUAUUAUGUAGCCUUGGAAGGGUUCAGCAUUGGCAACAGGCGAGUGAUUCUCCCUCCCGAUGCUUUCCAAAUAUUGCCGAAUCGGACUGCAGGGGUUAUUUUUGAUAUGGGAAGCCAUUGGGUCUCCACAAAUUGUGAUGUGGGAAGGAUCGAAAAGGCGUUGGAGGAGCGGGCAGUGGAAUGGCCAGACACCUCACCAAACACCUCCAAUUCUCUUCUCACUACUGUUUCAUCAACGUCCGUCGGCACGGAGCUAAGAAGCAAUGCUCAUGUCGCCGUAGAUGAAGGCGACGGAAGCAGUGGCGACAGUUGA